GGAGGGCCAGGUCCGCGGAGCGGCUUCUCCCCGCGCCCGCGGAGGGGGCCGGUUCCGGACUGCCGAGCGGGGCUCUGCGUGCCCGCGGCUACUAGCCGGAGCGUGAAUCCGCGGAGCGGGGCGAGGACGCGGGGCAGGGCGCUGCCGCGGAGCGGGGCGCUGGCCCCGAAAGCCGUCGGGGGAGCGCGGGGAGCCGCUCUCCGCGGGCGCGGAGCGGCGCCUUCCGCAGCGUGAAGCGCGUUGGGGUCCCGCCUGCGGAGCUGCGACCAAGAAUUAACAGAGGUAUAAGGAAAUGCUAGAUCUAGUGAUAUCACCCAGCCUGACUGUAAAUAGAGAGUGCCCUGACAGACUGAAGCUUAACCUUUCUAACAUUUAUGCCACGGCUCCAGAUGACAUAGAAGGUAAGUCAAAGCAAUUGUUUCAUAGUGAGUUUGAAGGUGAGUCAGGCAGCAGCAAAGCAGCACCGCAGUGUCCUCUCCAUCUGUACUCCACAAAACAUUAUCCCCAUAUAGUGACAGUUCCAUCUUUCCCAACAAUGGCAACGUAUGGACAGACUCAGUACAGCGCGGGAAUCCAGCAGGCUGCUGCAUACACUGCCUAUCCUCCUCCAGGGCAGCCCUAUGGCAUACCCUCCUACAGCAUCAAAACAGAGGACAGCCUGAGCCAUUCCCCAGGACAGAGUGGGUUUCUCAGCUAUGGAUCCAGCUUCAGUACCCCGACCGCCGGACAAGCACCGUACACGUACCAGAUGCAUGGCACAACAGGGAUUUACCAGGGAGCCAAUGGCCUGACAAAUUCUGCAGGAUUUGGUGCUGUGCAUCAGGAAUAUUCAUCAUAUCCAAGCUUUCCUCAAAGCCAGUACACACAGUAUUACAGCUCUUCCUACAACUCUCCAUACGUGUCUGCAAACAGCAUCAGCCCCUCAGCCAUCCCAACCUCCACUUACUCUCUGCAGGAGUCUUCUCACAAUAUCACCAGUCAGAGCACAGAAUCCCUGUCUGGGGAAUAUUCAACAACACCAGCAAAAGAUAUAGAAACAGACAGACAUCACAGAGGGUCAGAUGGCAAGGUACGAGCCCGGUCAAAAAGAAGCAAUGAUCCUUCCCCUACUGCUGACAGUGAGAUUGAGCGUGUGUUUGUGUGGGAUUUGGAUGAGACGAUAAUUAUUUUUCACUCCUUACUCACGGGAACCUUUGCAUCCAGAUAUGGGAAGGACACUACAACGUCUGUGCGGAUAGGUCUUAUGAUGGAAGAAAUGAUCUUCAAUCUUGCAGAUACACAUCUGUUCUUUAAUGACCUGGAGGACUGUGACCAGAUCCACAUAGAUGAUGUAUCAUCAGAUGAUAAUGGUCAAGAUCUAAGCACGUAUAACUUCUCUGCAGAUGGCUUUCACAGUUCAACUGCCAGUGCAAAUCUGUGUCUGGGCUCAGGCGUUCAUGGGGGAGUAGACUGGAUGAGGAAAUUAGCAUUCCGCUACCGUCGAGUGAAAGAGAUGUACAACACCUACAAAAACAAUGUAGGGGGUUUAAUAGGAGCUCCUAAGAGGGAAACCUGGCUGCAGUUAAGAGCAGAACUUGAAGCGCUGACUGAUCUCUGGCUCACACAUGCUCUGAAGGCGCUGAAUUUGAUACAUUCCCGGCCUAACUGUGUGAAUGUGUUGGUCACCACAACUCAGCUCAUACCAGCUCUUGCUAAAGUGCUUCUUUAUGGACUGGGCACUGUCUUCCCCAUCGAAAACAUUUACAGUGCAACAAAAACAGGGAAAGAGAGCUGUUUUGAAAGAAUAAUGCAAAGGUUUGGAAGGAAAGCUGUCUACAUUGUAAUAGGAGAUGGUGUUGAAGAGGAACAGGGAGCAAAAAAGCACAACAUGCCAUUCUGGAGAAUCUCUUGUCACGCUGACCUGGAAGCUCUUCGGCACGCCUUGGAACUUGAAUAUUUGUAGCAGACCCCAACAUCUUAGCACUGUGAGGGCUUCACUCAAACUGUUACAUCGGUUCCACCUAUUCCUCAACAUUUUCUUAGUAAAAAAAAAAAAAUCCCACAGCAACUGCAGUUUUUCUUUUUUUUGAAGGAGAACCCUUUCAGUGGAAGCCUUUAAGAACUUGCAGCCAAAGAACAUUAUAUCAAGUCCUUCUUCCUUUGGACAGAGGAAAAGCCUUCAGAUAACUCGCUGGGGAUCCUGCAGUUAUUUGGUUAAGCCGGAUGCAUAGAGCUGUAACUGCCUUUUUGCCAUCGACGACAAACACUAGAAGUUUUGGGUCUACUUGUCAGUUUUCUUGCUUUUGAAAGGGGAAGAGGACACAGUAAGGCGUCUCUGCACAGUACAUCACAUCACGUGGGACCUUCUGAAAACAAGAGUGAAACUGUUGAUUUUUUUCUGUUUUUUAUUUUUUUAAUUUAUGAACUAAUCUCAUUACUCUGGUAUUAAGCUCUGUACCUGUGUUUUUAA